UUUCUAUUGAAUGAAUGCACACAAAACAAUGAUUUUUGAGCAGGCGAACUCAACGGUCCUCUGUUUCCUGCCUGUAUCCGGGUCCUGUAUGGAAGCCCGUGCGAGGCUGUCCCGGAGACCCCGCGCUGCCUGCACCUCUAUCGUCUCGGUUGAGAUGGACGAUGAAGACGGCAGGUGCCUGCUAGAUGUCAUUUGUGACCCAGAAGCACUCAACGAUUUUCUUCAUGGAUCAGAGAUACAUCUGGACACUGACGACCUUUUGGAUGGCUCUAACGACCCCUCCAGCUCGUUCUUCUCUUCUGUUGGGUGCCACGUUCCAGAGGUCCCACCCCCAGUCCAGCUGUCGUCCAAUGAGCAGCAAGGCCUGCCCCGGGUCAGCGUGGACCUGGACUUCCUGGAAGAUGAUGUCAUCCUGGGCGGGUCGCCGGGCGACGACGGUAGCAACGCCAUGGAGCCAUGCGACAUCCUGCAGCAGAGCCUGGCGGAGGCUAACAUUACAGAGCAGAGCCUGCAGGAGGCCGAGGCAGAGCUGGACCUGGGCUCCUUCGACCUCACCAUGCCAGGUCUGACUCAGGUGGUCCAGACCCUGCCCUGUACAGACAGCCUGACUGACCCUUCGGGGGUGGGGCUCCCCAUCUUCCCUGGAGCUCCAGGCUCCUCCGCCACCCCUCCCCAGGCCACAGCUGACAUGCUGGGCUCGGUGCUGGCCCAACAGGGCCUGGAGUUUGGGCCACAGGUCAUGAACAAGGCCCAGGCCAUCAGUAUGCAGCCUUUCAUGCAGCAGGUGGCAGGCCUGGGUAACGUCACCCUUCAGCCAAUCGCCUCCCUCCAGGCCCUACCUAACGGCUGUCAGUCAGGACACCUGGGGCUGGGACUGGGGCAGAUACAGGUGAUGGGCCAGCCCACUGUGAUGACUAUGAACCAAUCAGGACAGUCCAUCCUGGCCAAGGGUAUGGGAGGAUACCAGCUGCACCAGCCUGGCCCUGAGGCACAGGGGGCAGGUGGGCAGGGUGGACUGGGAGGAGGACUUCUGAUCCAAGGGGGAAAAGCCACUCUGGGACCUCCUGCUUUAAACAGACCAUCGGUGUGCGGUACCACAGGAACCUUGGUUGGGUUCAGUAGCCCCGGACUGGCACAACAUGGGCAGAACCAUCCCCAAGGACAGAUCAUGCAGAACUUGAUCGUCCAGCGAACUCCGACCCCCAUCCAACCCAAACCCCCUCAGGGGGGCGCAGCCAUCCAGCCCAAACUGUUUAAGCAGCAGCCACACGCCUUUCAGAAUGAAGCCAACAAGGCUCUAGGGGUGCAGCAUGUCCCUGUCUCCACUGCCCAGAAUGUAGCCUUCCUGACAGGUAAGCCUGGCGCCAACGUGGUCCUGACCUCCCAGGCAGGGCUUCCCCAACAGGCUCUGUUCAAACAGCAGACGGCCCACCACCCCUCUGGGAAAGCACUCAGUGUCCACCUGCUCAACCAGCCCGGCAGCAUCAUGCUGGGGGGCCAGAACCACCAGUUCCUCCUGCCACAGCAGCUAGCUGGGGGUCAGAUCCUCACGCAGCACCCUGGGGGCCACAUCAUCACCUCCCAGGGGCCUGGGGGCCAACUGAUAGCCAAUCAGAUCCUGGCUCAGCACCAGAACAUCAACCUGGGCCAGGUGCUGAUGUCCCAGGGCCACAUCCAGCUGCAGCCGGGUCAGAUGGGUGUGGGACAUCAGCUUUUCCAGAUGCCUGUUACCCUCUCCCAGAGCCAGACCCACCCGGUCACGGGUCACCAGGCCCACACGGUGAUCCAGGGCAUGCCCCUGCAGAACUCCCUGGCCAUGCUGAGCCAGGUGGAGGGGGUGAGUCCUGCUGUCAGCCUGCAGCCCGCUCUGCAGCCGCAGCCAGGGGGCGUUCCCAGCACUGGGAUGGGCGGGGCAGCUGCCAUGGCACAGGGCCAGCCUGGGGAGAGUGGGAGCUGUACAGACCAGGCAGCCCAUCCUGGACAACCCCCCCAGCACUCCUCCAUCCUUUCUAUGCAGACUGGGCCCUCUGUCUCUGUCCCCUCCUCUUCUCCAUCCUUAUCGGUGUCCUCCACGUCAGCCCAGCAACAACACAGCCCCGGGAGCAGGGUGCUCUUCACAGGGCCACAGGGCUCCAGCAUGAUCCUCAGCCAGGAACACCUCCAGAUGUUUCUCCAGCAGGACCAGCGACAGACAGAGAAUGACCCCGCCCCCUCUGUCUCAGUGGGCGUGCCAGCGUCCGUUAUCGUCAGCAGCAACAGCAGCUCUGGCAACACACCCUCGGGUCUUGACAGCCAAUUAGCUGAGGCAGCAGUGGUAAACCAGAUGCCCCAGGCGGCUGGACAGCAGUUGAAGCUCCAGAGCCUGUCCCCCUCCCAGCCCCUGGCCUCCCACACUGCUCCCCCUCUGUCGGACAGCCCUCAGCCCUCCCUCUUCCCCCUGCAGUCCCCCCACCACCAUGGCCAGUCCUGCACCCCCUCCCAGCCACAGACCCCUGUCCGCUCCCGCACCCCCUCCCAGCCACAGACCCCUGUCCGCUCCUGCACCCCCUCAUCUCUUCCCCCAAUGUUCAUUAUCCACAACCAGAUCCCUGGCUCCCCCCAGCCUGCACAACAACAACAACAACAACAACAGAUGCACAUCCAAUCCCGGCCCCCCUCCCAGCCUGCUCCCUACCAACCUGACGUCCCCCCUCCCACCUGCUCCCCCAAACCCUCCCAGACUCUCCAGGGCCCUCCUGCAGGGUUCCAAUUUACGGUGCCCGAGGUGGGGGCCCCCGGCGGUGGAGUGGUGAAGACCCAGGCUCAGCCCAUCGCUCAGCCCAUCGCUCAGCCCAUCGCUCAGCCCUCUCCACAACAGAAACUACAGCAGGUCCAACAGAACAUUAUAUUACAGGCCAAACAACAGCAGCACAGCCAACCCCAAACUCCACCCCAACAACAAGCCCAGUCCAGCUCACAGCAAGAUGUGCCUGCUCUUCUGAUCCCACAACAGGCCCAGUCCAGCUCACAGCAAGAUGUGCCUGCUCUUCUGAUCCCACAACAGGCCCAGUCCAGCUCACAGCAAGAUGUGCCUGCUCUUCUGAUCCCACAACAGGCGUCUGUGCUGGUCAAGACUCCUGCCACAGCAUCCAAUGACGUGCAGGUGUUCUCAGGAGUGCAGGGUCAAGGCGGAGUUGAGGUGAACCAAGGGGGCGUGGCUCCAGCUAGUUUUAACCAUCCGCCCGGUCAACAGUCACUACACCAGUCUGUGCAGUCAAAGACUGAAGGACUGAUCGGUCAGAUGGGGGUGAGGAGCCUGGGGAUGAUCCAGGUGAUCGGGUCAGGUCUGGGUCAGAUGACGUCAACACAGCAGCACACCCCUGGUCUGGUCUCGUUACAAACACAGACUGCUACUAUGAAGAUGCCUUUCAGUAUUGCUGAACCCAGCAAGGAAGCCAGGAUGUUGGAGCAGCUGAGGAAGCAGCAGGGUUCAGUCCUCCAUCCAGACUACAGCUCUUCCUUCCAGUGUUUUGAAGACACCCUGACCCGCCUGGUGCCUUACCACCUCUACCAGGGCACCGCCACCGCACCACACGACUACCACAGAGUGGAUGAUGAGUUUGAGAGUGUUUCCAGCCAGCUCCUGAAGAGAACGCAGGCCAUGCUGGAUAAAUACAGACACCUGCUUUUUGAGGAGUCAACGCGCCUUGGCCCGUCAGCUGAGAUGGUAAUGAUGGACAGGAUGUUUAUUCAGGAGGAGAAGAUCUCUCUUGGACAGGACCGCAUCAUCGCCCGGGACAGACCUGAGGAGUACGUUGCCAACUCGAAGCUGCUGGAGCGGGAGAGUAUAGCUGCCAGGGUGCCCCAGUCUUUUGUGUCUGCUGAGCCCAGCGUCGUGGCAGGGACAGAUACAGGUCCUACCCCCAUCACAGCCUCAACACCGGCCCACUUUCCCUCCACCAAGCUGGUGAUAAAGCAGGGAGGAGCGGGGGCGUCUGCCUCCUGGUCCAGCUCCCCAGCUCCUGUAGCCAGGUCGGGGUCAGGGGUCAGACAGACAGUUGACACCCAGAGUCACAGCUCCUCCUUCAGCCACGGUCCUCCGCCUCCUUCCUCGUCCAGCUCCUCCUACCGCUCCUUCUCCUCCAACUCCUCCUACCGCCCCUCCUCUCGUCCAGCUGAUGAUGAUGAUGAUGAUGAUUCUCUCCCCCAGAGGACCAGUAAACCUCCCAUGAAGACUUACGCCGCCCGCCCACGCAUCGGCUUGAAGCUCAAGAUCAAACAGGAAGCGGGGUUUAGCAAGGUGGUACACAACACCGCCCUCGACACACCAUCCACACCCCAGCCUCAAGCCCAACCACACCCCACCACCCAGCCUCAAGCCCAACCACCCCACCACCCAGCCUCAAGCCCAACCACACCCCACCACCCAGCCUCAAGCCCAACCACACCCCACCACCCAGCCACAAUCAGCUCUGACGCACCCAAAAGCCCGAGCCGUAGCAGCACUAGCCACUCCUCCUUCUAUAACUACUGUAAACCACACAGGCGACCCCCAGCCCCCUCCAGAGAGUCACAGCCCCCCACCCCCUCCUCCUAUCACCCUUGGUCUUCAUCAUCAACGACAACACCAUCCUCAUCCUCUUUCACUGCUCAGAUUAACGGAACGUUAGAACAUCACAAUGUGGGUGGAGUCGAGCGUAACCCCGCCUCCACGGUCACUCCUCCUCAGACCACUUGCCGCCUACCGCUAAGGAAGACUUACCGGGAGAACAUCAGCCCACGCGUCCGACCGGGCGUACCGGGAGGAGGAGGAGACAGUGUCCCGUACCCCCGUCCCUCCCCCUCACCCCCCAAAUCUCCCCUCCCGCCCUCCUCACCCUCUGCCCUCUCGGAACGGACAGUGAUCUCCAACGUGAAGUUGGAGAAGAGAGGAGGCAGCUCCAGGGAGGUGGGCUCCCACACCCACACAGAGCCCAGCCGAGAGGCCCCGAGGCUGGGGAACUCCACCUCCUCCUCCCCUGGCUUAGGUCUGGAGGUGUUGUACCGCGGCAUCAAAAACACAAACACCCACCCUCACCUCUCAGACAGAACCAGAGACGGUGAGGGGGAGCAGGGGACAGAGGAGCGGACAGAGGGGGGACAGAGGAGGGGAGGGGACAGAGGGGGGGACAUGGGGAGGUGUAAAAGGGUGAGCAGUAAAAACCAUCAGAGGUCAGGGAGCGGAACGUUCAGAAUGGACCAGCAUGCCCCUGGGCCCCCGUCCACACCGCCAGAUGCUUCCUGUUACAGAGACUCAUCACUUCCUGCUAAGCGCUGUAAGUCAGACUCCCCUGACAUGGACAACGCCUCCUUCUCCUCCGGUUCCCCGCCACACGAUGAGUCUCUUAACGAGCACCUGCAGUGUGCUAUUGACUCCAUCCUCAACCUGCAGGGCCAGGUCCAGGGGCCCCCGCCGCGCGGGGCUAAAGGAGGCCCCGCCAGGCCACAGCGCGCCACGGGCCCCCAGUCCUCCUCAAACACACACAGACCCUCUUCCUCAUCCUCCUCCUCUUCUCAGGUUGGAGGCAGAGGACGCAAUGGCGGCCUGGUGCCACAGACUCAAGGCAGAUAACACACACACACACACGGGACAGUAGAGACUGAAGAGGAGGAGAGGCGGACAGAGAAGUCUCGCUGUGUUUUAAUGAACUGUUUGUCCAUUUAAAUGUUGUCUACUUUACAACAUGACCCAAUGCUCAUAGUCUCUCCAUGGAUGAGUGGAUGAGGACUCUCUCUCUCUCUCUCUGUGUAAAAAGGUAUUGUGUUUUA